UGGCUAAGGUGAGUGUAAUGUGUAGCGAACAUGGCGCUACAUAGGACGUGAUCAUGGUUUACAUCUAUACAGUGCAGGAAUAAAUAAAAUGGCGGUCUCGACCGGAAUAUCCGAUGAACUCACGUGCUCCAUCUGUCUAGACACCUUCAACACGCCCAUUCUACUUCCGUGUGCGCACACGUUCUGCAAGCAAUGCCUCAUCAACGUCAACGAAAGGGGGCGUAUCCGAAGGCAGCACAGUCUACAUACCGAAAGAGACCGAAAACAAAACACAACAGAAACCAUUGCUUGUCCGCAAUGUCGAAUGGAAGUAAAACUUGGACCGGAAGGGAUAGAGGGUCUGCCGAGAAAUAUGUCGUUAGCGAACAUUAUUUUAAGCAUGGAGGAGGAAAAAAGAUCGAAAAAUAUUGUGUGUGAGGUUUGUGAUUACGACCCUCCGCGACCGGCGGCGAAAAUUUGUUCGGACUGCUCAGUGACCUACUGCGCACCGUGCUUCAGACAGCUGCACCCAAUGAGAGGGGCGUUUAAGUAUCACGUGAUCAAAGAACCAAAAGCCGCGCUGUCCAUCUCGCGGUGUUUGUCGCCUGUGUUUGACCAGAGAUCCAUGCGGCUGACCCCUGCACGGGAUGCCGUUGGCACGGACAACGAGUCGGGGGACGAGGGGGGGAUCCACGCCAGUCAGGACCAGCUGGAGAAAGUGAGGCGCAUGAUCAAGUCCAAGAGGAAAGAACUCAACAGUGUGAUGAAAGCGGUUCAAAACCUUCUCAAGACAAUCGAGGAAGAAACAGAAGAGCGCAUGCGUGAGAUACGUUCGGUGUGCAGCCAGAUCAACGAGUGUGUAGGGGAGAAGGAGGCAAAUCUUCUCACAGUUGUCAGUCAACAGCGUCACGAAGCCGUGAAACUUUGCCUUAACCUUUCUACAGAGGUCAAGGCCCAAAACUUAUCUCUCGAGCUUUUGGAGGACCAGGUCAAUGACAUCAUUUCCGUAACAGCUGUUCACACAGGAACUGACGUCAGCAAUGAUAUCACGCUGCUGCAAGAAAGAGUUUCAGCAAUACAGUCCAGAUCUUUAACCAUGAAGGCCAAGUUGAUUCCUCGCCAGCCAAAACUGGGUGAUGUUGCAGUGGUCAAAUAUGUCGCAUCAUUGGACUUUGUCAAAGACAACAAAAUGGUGACGCCAGUGUUCACAGAGAUCCUGCAUCGACCUGUGAGUUCAGGACCGUCUCUGGUGGAGGUUAAGUGGAGGACGAUUAAUGAUGCCUGCAAAAUACAAUUGACAGCUAAAAUGAAAGACAGCAGAGGCCACGAGAUUCUAACAACAGUCGAAUUGGCUGGCAGUGUGACGUUAUACCUGAUGGCUCUGCCAUGGUCAGACUCUGAGUAUCAGAUUGUGCUAGAGGCCGCAACAGACGAGGGCUGCAAGUAUCCGCAGAUUUCACGAGCCAUACGGACACUACCGUAUGUUCAUUGUUUUAAAGCAAGGUUCAACCCAGCCACAUGUCACAAGAAAAUUGCUGUAGUGGCGAGCAAGGAUGAAAUCAUGCAUAGGAAAUGCAAGCUGGCAAACUUACACAACGUGUGUCCAACUACGACCAGCUUCCAGCGCCUGGAGAAUCUAGAAGGUGCCAUGUCAGACGAGUGUCUGCCGCUUCUUCCCCACGUGUACUGGGAGUGUGUCAUCCAUUUUCAUGUCUUUGGUAAACUCGGAAACUCAAAGCUCUUGUGUGACGUCGGGAUAUGCAAGCAGGGCUCGGAGAAUGAGUCAGCACUUUUAUGUGACAACGUCAAAGCAUGCUGCGCUUACCUAGUCCGCAGAAACAACAAAAUUGCCUUGGAAUUCUGGAACGGUCAAAACCGAGAUACCCUCCCUCGGAGUAUACCAAUUCUGGACCUAGACCAAGAAACAGAGAAGACGGUCAAGCUUGGUUUCUACUUUGACGCUAUGAAGAGACAUUUUGCCAUUGUCAGUCCUGGCAACAAUGUCAUCUUGUGCCAGUUUCAUGUCAAGUUCACCACUGUCAUGCCAGUUUGUGCCUUGUACUGCUUUGAUCAGGUGUAUGGCAUCAUAAAGUUUACAGAUCCACAAAAGUUACCUAAUGUCCUGUGUAAGCUAAUUAAAGGUGCACAUGGCAAUAAUUAA